GGAUGAUGGUGGGAGGGAGGAGAGGGAUGGCGAGUGCGAAGGCGGUGGAGGGGGAUGAUGGGAAGUUACCGUUGAAGGGGGUUAGAGUGCUUGAUAUGACGAGGGUUUUGGCUGGGCCGUAUUGUACGCAGAUUUUGGGAGACCUGGGAGCGGAGGUAAUCAAAGUCGAGCACCCCGUCCGCGGCGACGACACACGCGCCUGGGGUCCUCCCUACGCCCCAUACUCGAAAGAGUCCGGCCUCACCGGCCCCGGCGAAAGCGCCUAUUACCUCUCCGUAAACCGCAACAAAAAAUCCCUCGCCCUCUCCUUCCAGCAUCCCUCCGGCGUCGCCGCCCUCCAUAAACUCCUCCCUACAAUCGACAUCCUGGUCGAAAACUACCUCCCCAACACGCUGGCGAAAUAUAACCUCGACUACGCCACCCUCUCGGCUUUGAAUCCGAAGCUUAUUUACGCUUCUAUCACGGGGUAUGGACAGACGGGACCGUAUGCGCCGCGCGCGGGAUACGAUGUCAUGGUCGAGGCGGAGAUGGGGUUAAUGCACAUUACCGGCUCGCGCGACGGCCCGCCGGUGAAAGUCGGCGUCGCGGUGACCGAUCUGACGACGGGUCUAUACACCAGCAACGCCAUUAUGGCCGCCCUCCUAGCGCGCGCGCGCACAGGACGCGGCCAGCACAUCGACGCCGCGCUGUCGGAUUGCCAGGUCGCUACUUUGAGUAACCUCGCUAGUUCGAGUUUGGUGAGCGGAGAGCGGGAUAGUGGGAGGUGGGGGACGGCGCAUCCGAGUAUUGUCCCCUAUCGCGCGUUUCCGACGAAGGAUGGGGAGUUUUUGGUUGGGGGGGGGAAUGAUAGGUUAUUUGGGAUUCUGUGUGAAGGGCUUGGGAAGGGGGAGUGGGCGGGGGACGAGAGGUUCAGGACGAAUGCGGAGAGAGUUGCUAAUAGGGUGGUGCUGGAGGGGAUGAUUGAGGAGAUUACGAGGGGGAGGACGACGCAGGAGUGGUUGGAGGCGUUUGAGGGGAGGGGGAUGCCGUAUGCGGCGGUGAAUGAUGUUAGGGAUACGUUGGAUCAUGAGCAUGUUAGGGCGAGGGGGAUGGUGGUGAAGGUUGGGCAUGGGGCGUGUGGGGAGGUGGAGAUGGUGAAUACGCCGGUGAAGUAUAGUGAGGCGCAGCCGGGGAUUAGGACGGCGCCGCCGCUGCUGGGGGAGCAUACGGAGGAGGUGUUGGGGGAGAUGUUGGGGAUGAGUGCAGAGGAGAUUGAGGCGAUGAGGAAGGAGGGGGCGGUCAGGUAAGUGGGUGGAAUGUCUGCUGUGGGAAGCAGGUUCGGGAGCUGUGAUGAUAGACAUGAGCGUGUAAGAGGUACACGCCCCCUGCUUCCGGCAGUUGAGGGUGCGCCUGUACGACUGAGUACAGUUUUGGACAAAGAAAGAUAUUAUUUGAGCAUUCCAACACAUAACUGUAGCUUAUGGGCUGCCAUAGAUUAAAAUCAACCUUUAU